CCCCAGUACUUAGCAAACUGCACUCAGCUCUGAACCAGCAUGGCUCGGAACAUGCAUCUCCCCGGCCUCCUGGUCUUGUUGGUGGCAGGCCUAGCCCCAGGCAUCAGGGACUCCCUCGGGGCUCAGGACCCAGGUCCUGGGCCACCAGAGCUAAAAGAAGUCUUCAAGUUGUUCCAGAUCCAGUUUAACAGGAGUUACUCAAACCCGGCAGAGUAUGCUCACCGCCUGGACAUCUUUGGCCACAACCUGGCCAAGGCUCAGAGGCUGCAAGAGGAGGAUUUGGGGACAGCUGAGUUUGGGGUGACUCCAUUCAGUGACCUCACAGAGGAAGAGUUUGGCCAGCUCUAUGGGAACUGGAGGGCAGCCAGGAAGGGCCUUGAGAUGGUCAGAGAGGUAAGCUUUGAAAGGCAGAAGGAGUGGACGCCCCAAAGCUGUGACUGGAGGAAAGCCCACGUCAUCUCACCUGUCAAGAACCAGGGACAGUGCAGGUGCUGCUGGGCCAUGGCGGCAGCAGGCAACAUCGAAGCCCUGUGGAACAUCAAUUUCAAACCGUCUGUGGAAGUCUCCGUGCAAGAGCUGCUUGACUGUGGCCGCUGCGGGGAUGGCUGCAUAGGUGGCUACGUCUGGGACGCGUUCAUUACUGCCCUCAACUACAGUGGUCUGGCCAGCGAAAAGGACUACCCGUUCCGGGGGCGUGCCAACACCCACAGGUGCCUGGCACCGAACUACACGAAGGUGGCCUGGAUCUACGACUACAUCAUGCUGCCCCGCAAUGAGCAGGCAAUUGCCGAGUAUGUGGCCACGCAGGGCCCUAUCACUGUGAUCAUCAACUCAGAGCGACUGCAGCAUUACAAGAAGGGUGUAAUCAAGGGCACGCCCUCCACCUGUGACCCCUGGGCUACUUCCGGUUGCACCGAGGGAGCGACACCUGUGGCAUCACCAAGUACCCAAUCACAGCCUGUAUACAAAAUCCAGGGAAGAAGCCAGUCUCCUGCCCUCCCUGAGCCUCUCCCACAUACUAGCUGCCUCCUCACUGCCCGUCUUGAAGGUUCUGCUUGUUGUCCCACCUUUCUCCAUACGGUGUUGAAUAAAUCAAAACAAGGCUUCUGUUGCCUGAGUGAAGUGAGCUGGAGUUUGGAGAUGGUGGGUGGGGAGAGCAUAGAUGGCAUCUCUGACCAGCCAUCCCCAUUCCGGAUGGGCUGGAGUGCACCAUACCUUCGUGCGCGAACACCAUGGCACGCAGGGACACACGUACACACUACACAUGUCCCUGCAUGCUCCUCCCCCUGGAGCAAGGCUUGGUGUCCAAACGCAUGGCAACUUUAUUGUCACAAUGAGCAGGGUGGAGGGAGGGGCUUAGUCAUGAUAGAGGCGUAGGAGGCAGCCACGGAGGGUGCCCAU